AUGCCCCCCUACGUGUACACCGGGACGGUGGACUGCUCCAAGGAAGUAGACUGCAGCGCCCUGGCAGGAAAAACAGCCAUCGUGACAGGCGGUGCCAAUGGCCUUGGUGAAGCGUACGUCCGGGCCCUCGUUGCAGCUGGAGUCUACGUCUGUAUCGGGGACAUCAAUACGGAGAAAGGCCAGAAACUUGAAGCCGUGCUACCAGGAACAAAAUUCGUCCCCUGCUCAACUGGCAUAUGGACCGACCAAGUCCGCCUAUUCGAAGCAGCAGUAGCCUUCUCCCCAACCAACCGGAUCCACUAUGUGAUCGCCAACGCAGGCAUUCACCGCGUAGAUGAAAUCUUUCAGCCGGGACCGCAAACCAACCCCCUAACCGAACCAGACCUAAGCAUCAUCGACAUCAACAUCAAAGGUCCCCUCUACACAGCCAAACUAGCCAUGCACUAUUUCAUCCGCCAGAACGGGACCACCCCCACCCCGGAGCAGGAAGAUACGUGCUUGAUCCUCAUCGGCUCCGGCGCCGCCUUCCUCGACGUGCCACGCUCACCGCAGUACAGUGCCAGUAAGUGGGCGAUGCGGGGUAUCAUGCAUUCUCUGCGUCGGACAGCCUAUUACUACGGGUCCAGAGUGAAUGUGAUUAGUCCGUGGUAUGUCCGGACGGGCAUUUUGUCCGAAGAGGCGUUUGCGCAUGUUGAACGGACUGGGGUGGAGUUUGCCACAGCGGAGGAUGCAGGGCGGUGCCUGCUAAGAAUUCUUGCGGAUGAGAAAGUCAAUGGACAUUCAUUUUUUGCCACAGCUCGGAAGUGGGCGGAUAAGGGGUUUGUGGAUUUGGAUUUGGAGGACUAUAAAGGUGAUGCGUUGCUGGGGGAGGUGCAGGAAAUGCAGAUGCGGAGUGCGCCGGUGGGAGCGGGGUUGUUUGCUUAG